AUGAAUCGCCAGGUGUUCGUUCUCAGCAUACGCGCACGACCGGACGUCGACACGUGCUCCGCCAGAAGGGUGCUGCUCAUCACAGGGCGCCGCGCCUCCCCCACACGUGGCUGGCAGACGGUGGGUCGCCGUGACCCGGGCGUGGAGGCGGAGGUGCAGCAGUGGAUCGAGACCGUCACGGGAGAGAAGUGGCCCGCUGGACAGGACUACAGCGUCACCCUCAGAGAUGGGCAGGUGCUGUGCAAAUUGAUGAACAAACUGCCACCCGGCUCCAUCAAGAAAAUCAACACGACCGGAACCUCUUUUAAGUUCAUGGAAAACAUCAAUAACUUCCAGAAGGCGAUGCUGGCGUACGGCUGUUCUGAUCUGGACAUCUUCCAAACCACGGACCUCUUUGACAAGAAGGAUAUUCCAGCCGUCACCAACUCCAUAUUCGCCCUCGGUCGACAGACAUACCAUCACCCCGAGUGGCGCGGCCCGUGGCUGGGACCCAAGCCGACAGAAUAGGCCCGAGUAUCCGGCGGAGUCGUGUUCAGGGCAGCGGUGAUCGAAGGGACGGGCAGAACACGAGCAGCUUUGGCGGCCAGAUGGUGCCACCCGCCGCAGUGGCCUUCUGCUGGCCGCCCGCCAGCACCCGUCACAGGCCGACCGUGACCUCCACGCGCUGUUCCUCCCGUCAUCUGUUUGUUCUUGCUUACUAACAUUCCGCGGUGUGUUUUGUCGCGGGAUUGGUACCAUGUUUCCAAAACGAGUUUGUCGUAAUCAUUGAUGUGAAUUCUUUAGAGAGCGCCGGAUGUAGGCAGAGCGCUGGCAAUCUCCGCUGUUCUGUUUCUCUCAAGCUGAGGGCGAGCGGGCCAUGCAUCUCAUUACGUCGUCUGCUUGGCUGUGUCGAAAUACAACUGGCUGU